AUUUAUCGGACUUUGUCAUUUUUAACCGGCCGCGGCCAUUGCAGUUCAAUUUUCUGACUGAGCAGAGGUGGUGGACUUUUCUAGUCUCAAUUUUUCUAUUUAAUUAAUUAAAUUAUUAAAUAAAAUCUAAAAAAAUCUUAAGAAUGGAGAUUGAAGUCUUAAGUGCUGCUAAUUCCAAAUCUUAUGGAUUUUGCCGAGUCAACCCAUCCAUUACCAUCUCCGACCUACGAACGUCCAUUCACCAGCAAUUGGCUAAAACACCCGAUGCUGACCGCCAAUCGCUGCGCCUCGACUCGAGGGGCAAAGGUCUAAAGGACACUGACACUUUGCAAGGUCUCGGCCUAAAAACUGGAGACAAGGUCUACAUCAAGGACUUGGGACCACAAAUUGGCUGGAAAACCGUAUUCUUGGCGGAAUACGCUGGCCCCUUGUUUGUGUACCUGAUCUUCUACACAAGACCAUCGAUUUUGUACGGAAGUGCUAGCAGUGCCCCCAUUAGUUUGACCACGCACAUCGCAGCAGGCUGUUACACUUUGCACUACACAAAGCGUCUGCUCGAGACCAUUUUCGUUCAUCGAUUCUCCCACAAUACCAUGCCGAUAAGGAACUUGUUCAAGAACUGCUCAUACUACUGGGGUUUCACUGCCUACGUUGCUUAUCACAUUAAUCAUCCACUCUUCACCUCACCUUGCAUGUGCCAGGUUUAUGGUGGACUUGCCGCAUUUUUGCUUUGUGAGAUUGGAAACUUCUCGGUGCACAUUGCGUUGAGAAACCUGCGACCACCGGGAACAAAGGUGCGAAGGAUUCCGGUUGCAGAUGCAAACCCCUUGACGAAAUUGUUCGAUUUUGUUUCUUGCCCUAAUUACACUUAUGAAAUCGGCUCAUGGGUCGCAUUCUCAAUUAUGACAUCUUGCCUGCCGGCAAUGUUGUUUGCCAUUGCUGGAGCAUAUCAAAUGACAAUGUGGGCUCUGGGCAAGCACAGGAACUACAAAAAGGAAUUCAAAGACUACCCCAAGAAGCGUAGGGCUAUUUUCCCGUUUUUGUUGUAAAUUGAACAAAACAAAUCAUAACAAAAAGAAAAACUUCUGGGAAGUGAAUUUUCGUUUUAAAUGUUGUGUGCUGAAUCUUUGAUUUUUAUUAGAUGGUGUUUAUAAAGAAGAUUAUAGCACGUAUACUUAUGACAUUCUGGUUUUAACGGUUUUCUUUCUUCGUUCGUUUAAAUUUAUGAAUAACUCAGCAAAGUAGAUAUUUAAGCUUUAUAAAUUAUCUUGUAAGCAUUUUGAUGGGAAUCAAUAAAACAAAAACUAAAAGAAAACACA